AUGAAGAAGGAUCCGGUGUUCGCUAACAACCAGAAGGUUAUUGCGUAUUGGGAGCGCAUCGCCGAAAAAUACAACGUGGCCAAGCCGCCGACCGCCUACAAGCGCCAACGGGAGCCGCUCCGCAAGCACUGGAAUCAAAUAAAGAAGCAUGUCAAUUUGUUCGCGGGGAAGUACGACAAGUGCGAGAGGGAGCAGGCCAGCGGCGAGAGUCUUGCAGAUGUGCGCGACAAAGCAAUCCAGCCGUACACGUCAUUGUACGACGAUUUCAAGCACUACCCGUCCUGGGCGCUCUUGAAGGAGAAGCAGAAGUUCGUUGGAGGUAUACUGCCCGAAUCGACGGCGGCAAAGAAGAGGACGUCGAAGCGCACCUUCGGUGAUUAUACAAGCAGCGAAAGCGGCGCAUCUCCAAUGGACCUCAACAAUCCGGUGUUCGAGGAUGAGAGUUCCGGCACACCGAUGUCCUCUCGGCGUCCCCCUGGCAUCAAGGUUGCCAAGGGCAAGGGCAAGGCGACAUCCUCGUCCACCCCGCCACCUGAGCAGGCUCCGAGCUCGACCCCGACACGACCACGGCUCCGUUUUCGGCUGCGGCACAUGCCUACACGGAUUUGGUGGCCUCCUCCGACUAUAGGACGUUGUUGGACGCGCACAACGCCCUGA